UACCUUAUAUGGUGUGUCAAGGUCGUUGCGAGAAGGAGGCUGAAUAUUUUGACGAGUAAACAAAGCAGAUUUUAUUCAUUCAUUCUAUCGCUAACUACAGUCAUUACAUAACUCAUCAGGCAGUUUAAUAUAGAAAUCCACACGUGCACAUAUUACCUGUCAAAUCUCACUCCUUUCAAAGGAUAUAAUACUUGUUCUGUCCAUGGAAAGCUGUUGCUAUAAUACUGCACAUUGUGCAAGGAUGUCAACAGCAAAGCCCAUCAGCAGUAGUUCGUAUGUAAAGUCAGCCAAGGAAGAUCGUGAAGUUGCAGUAGAAGAAUGGAACCAGUUGGCUACUAGUCUUGGGACAAUAACUAGCCCAACUUCAACUCCAGUUAUCACACCUGAAGAAGUAUUUGAGUUUAUCAAGAAUAAGGACAUGAAAAAAUACUUGAAGUCAAUUAAACCAGUUAUUAGAAGAAAUGGACUCUCUUCUAUAAUACAUUGGCUGGUUGGUCCUCCAAAAUUAAAAGUUGGACUUGUACCUGAAAGAAACUUGGUAUUUGCAGUUGCCCAGUAUACAGAUGUGCAAAUAAACCGUUUGUUAACUGCAGAUUUAGACCUAUAUCACAAUGACAAUAUUCCCAUGACAGAAGUUGAAGCAGAAAUUUUGAUCAAAACUGUCAAGUUUUAUGUGGACUGGAUUCUUUACAGUCCGCUUGAUGAUAAGGAAUAUCUACAUAUGCAGAUUGUGCAAACUAUCUUUAAAUGCCUUACUGGACAAAAGAUGGAUUGUCCUCGUUAUGGAAGUCACUGGGAGCAGAUUGGUUUUCAAG